ACGGCCAAGCCUGUCUCUGUCUGCCCCCCUUGGAAAGCAACGGCUCACCGCAAUCCGACUGCCAUCUCCCCUAGUGCCUACUGCACUGCACACCACGCAAGGGCGCAAGGCCUAGGCCGGCCACGAGCCCACGACGGGCGCCUGCUUUGCUUGUGCCUGUGCUGCUGCUUGAAGCAGCACAGCAGUGGACGCGUCCGCCGUCCGCUGGCUUGCGUGUGUCAGCUGCGCGUUGCGGUUAGCCGGUUACUAGGCUGGGCACCCCCACCCCUCGCCGGCUGCCCGGUCUCUUCACUCCACAUCCUAGUAUCCCACAGGCCACACAGCCAACUUGGCUGGAGAAAGAGGUGUAGAGAGACUCGUCUCUAGCUCUCUGCUCCUCUCGGCUGGAGCGAGCGGUCCACUCCAGGGCUGGAGGCAGCCACAGCCAAGCCGAAGGCAACGAGUGGAGACCGGACACCGGAGCCGCGGAGCGGGAGACCAUCCUUGACUUGUUUUUUCCGCCCCUUGGAUGUGACGACUGACCGGAUGAGACGCGCGCGGCCGCGCCUCUCCCCACUCCGCUGACCGGACCUGCGUGCCCUGCGACCGCACCAGCGCGGAGCUGCGUAUCCCGCCAGCGGUGAGCCGGUGGAAGGACCCCGCCCGCCCUGCUCUUCUCUGCUCCAAAUCCAAACCAGCCUUUUUCCCCCUCCGUGCGCCCACAGCAAAGCCCGAUGAGGAGACGAGAGUGAAGAAGAAGAAGAAACCACUAGGCGCGGCAAGGAUUUGCUCCGAGAGGUUCCAUUCCGUAUCCGGAUCACCGUGCGGAAAUUCUUGGUUGGUAUGGUAUGAGUAAAUGCGAUCUGCAGUGACUUGUGAGACAGGUUUCUGCACAUUAGAUUCACGAAAAAGUUGCGACCUUUAUUGCAUUCAGGAGUGUUGGUCGGAACUGCCAGAGUGAUGCGCUUAAGGAUUCACGACAAUGGCUUCAUUGGUGCCCGGUGUCCUCGUGAAGCUCCUUCAGCAUAUGAACACGGAUGUAAAAGUCGCCGGCGAGCAUCGCUCCUCGCUCCUUCAGGUUGUCAGCAUCGUCCCAGCGCUCGCCGGGAGCGAUCUUUUCACCAACAAAGGCUUCUACCUCAAGGUGUCGGAUUCAUCCCAUGCGACCUACGUUUCCCUUCCAGAGGAACAGCAUGAUCUCAUCUUGAGCGACAAGAUUCAGCUGGGCCAGUUCAUCCAUGUAGACCGUCUAGAGGCUGCCACUCCUGUUCCCAUCCUUAGAGGAGUUCGCCCAGUUCCGGGUCGCCAUGCUUGCGUUGGCACCCCUGAGGAUCUUGUGGUGACCAGCUCCUCCAGUUUUCAUGGCAGCAAGAAAGCGCAACCAUCAAAUGGAACGAAUGAUGCCAGCAUCUUGUCGCUAGAAAAGGAAACGAGCAAAUUGGAGAAAAUAAAUGCUUCACGUAAGCUUACCGGGACGGAAAAUAAGAAGCCGAUGCUCACCAAAUCAAACUCUUCACUGUCAAGACAAGCUUUGAAUGUGAUUGGUGAUAAGAAGGAAGCGGUUAAAUCAAAGGUGAAGCCAGCUAUUACCAGGUCUACACCUUCAUCACCAACCAGUGUCUAUUCUUUACCUGCGUCAUUCGACAGAUUCUCUAAUGAUCUGAAACAGAGGAACAGAGUAAAAGGAGCAGAGAAAGCUUCAUCUUCUAGGCUUUCCUUGUUAGAAAAGGCUGCUUCUGUUUUGAAGGCUACUAGUGCCGGGAGAAAGCCCUCUGCUGCCAAUUCGAUCAGUAGCUCUGUGUUAAGUAUUGGAUCAGGGCCAAAGGCCUUGAGAAGAAGCUGGGAAGGAAACACGGAUAUUAAAGGAAAAGGCAAUUCAGAAUCAAAGACAGCCAAACCUGACAAGAAGUCUGAUAACAAGAUGCCAAUGACUCCUAGACGAAAAUCACCAGUGGACCAGAAGGUGCCACCUAAAGAUGAUAGCCAGAAAGCUGCUAGGAAGAGCACCGCAAGUGCUCCCUCAGAUGACGCUGACAAAGCAGCCAAGAAGCAUAUUCCUACUGUAAAGAGAACAUCUGGGGUCUUAGGAAACUCGAAUGUUACAAAUCUAGUGAAGAUUCCUCCCAACCGCAAAAAACUAACAGAUAUUAGCACUUCAUGGACAUCACUCCCUCCAUCACUUGCCAAACUAGGAAAGGAGCUUCUUAAGUACAGGGAAUCGGCACAAAUAGCUGCUGCUGAAGCCAUGCAAGAAGCUUCCGCUGCAGAGAGCUUGCUCAGAUGUUUGAGCUCGUACGCGGAGGUGAGCUCCACGGCGGAGGAGCACAACCCGCAGCCAGCCGUAGAGAAGUUCUUCACCCUCCACGCCGCGCUUUCGCGCGCCACGGUGAUCACCGACACCCUCACCAAGUCUGCCACAUCUGCAGCAUCGCCAGAUUGCUCGGCAGCUAGCGACGCUGGAACUGUGGGCUCCGCUACAGACGAGGAGACCGCUGCCGUCACAGCCGAGCGCCGGCGCCGAGCUACGUCCUGGGUGAGCGCCGCUCUCGCUACGGACCUGUCCGCCUUCGGCAUCUACAACCUCAAACCGGUCCCCGCCACCGUCUCCUCGCCGCUGGCCGUGGUCGUCGUUGACGAGUCCGCGAAGCCGGCGACGGCCGCAGCCACGGCUACGAAAUCAUCGCCGUCGCCGAAGUCGCGGAUGUCCCCUGCGAAGGGGAAAGCGAGGACGGGCGCUGCGACGGCAGCAGCAGCGGCGCUGACGAAGACGUCCGCGCCGACGGAGUGGGAGAGAGGAGAAGGGGCAGAGGAGAGGGGCGAACUGGCGAAACGGCUCGGAGAGGAGUCAAGGGGUUGGUUCCUCGGCUUCGUGGAGCGGUUCCUGGACUCUGACGUGGCGGCGUCCGCGCCGUGGGACCGCGAGCGUGCGGCCAGGAUGCUCCCGCAGCUAAAGCGGGUCAACGACUGGCUCGGCGAGAUCGCAAAGCGCAGCGAGACUCAGUCGCUGCCGCCUGCCGACGCGGACGGUGAGGCGACCACCACGAGCACCGCCCCUGUCCCCCCGAACGACGGCUGCGGCGUGCCCGAGGAGACGAUAGAGCGGUUAAGGAAGAAGAUCUACGAAUAUCUCCUCACCAAUGUCGACUCUGCCGCCGCAAUGCUUGGCGGUGGCGGAGGCAGCGCGGCGGCCGCCCUGACGAACGGGAAAAAGGGCUGACGCGUAAACGGGACGAACGGGAAAAAGAGCUGACAGGUAAACGUGUGGUCUAAUUGGGCCGUUAGUUGUGUGGAAUUUGAUUGGGCCAAAAAAUGGGCUGGAUGAGCUAAUGUAGGCUUAGUUUCUGUUGUUUCUUUGCUGGGCUUUGAGCCUUUCUGCUUCUCUUAGUGUUUCUUAUUAUGGCUACAGGGAAAAAAAAGGUGGUGAAAAUUUGACUUGUAUUCCCCUUUCUCUCAAAUUAUAAGUCAUUUUAUUUUUAAAAGUUAAAAUAUUUUAAAUUUUAUUAA